CUGUGCAGAUGUCAUAGGAAAAAUUGUUGGGCGAUCAAAAGUUCAAACAUACUUUAAACGGGGUGGAGAAGAGAAGCUAAUGGAAAUAACACUUGAGGAUCAUGAAGGCAACCGUUUGGCUUGCACACUAUGGGGCGAGUAUGUGGAGAAAUUCUUGAAUUGUGUGACCCAAGGUGUUCCGGGACCUUUUAUCUUACUUCUUAGCUUCUGUAAGCCUAGGCGAUACCAGGGCACAGUAACUGUUUCAACAUCUUUUCAUGUCACGAAGAUGAUUUUGGAUGGAAACUCUGAUGAAGUUAAUCAAUUCCGAGCUAGCCUACCUCUACAAGUUGAUGAUGUGAGUAGCUUGACUACUUUGAUGAUGGGUGGUGGAAAUGAAGAAGUGAAUGAGCCUCUAAAAAUUACCCCUUCGAAGACUCUGAUUGAUACAACUAAGGAUCACGUGCGCCCACGUGGGGGCACGCUGCUGAUGUGGUGCGAGGUGACUGGUUUCGUCCUCGAGCUGCCCUGUCGUCUUGUGAGGGGAAUUACUUCCCUUGUCGCGUUCUGGCUUGGAAACAUUCCUUCAGCAUCUCCAGCUAUCUUCCACUGACAUGGGUCGCUACACGCCAAGCCCUUUUAGAUUCUCUUCUGCCGACACUUUCCAACCCUAGAAACUACACCGGGUAAUCUCCGAGGGAUGAAUUCAUCGAAGUUAGGGAAUAAAUAGGGUGACAAAGU